AUGUGCAAAGCUUACAGCAUCGAUCUUGGCAAAGUCCGCCGGAGAUCGUCGACAGGCCGAAGAAUGUCUCGGCUUCUGUGCGACGACGGAAUGUGCUCUCCAUCCUUUGUCGGGACCGAAUUCCAAAGCGAUAUCGAGGGUUUGGAGAGCAAACUUUUUGUGUUUUGUGCGGUGGAUUUGGUGGCGCGUUAUCUCUUCAAACUCGAGGAUAUGCUCACGGUUCUCGAGAACUAUCGAGUAAUGUUGGUGGCUCGAGUGCGAAUCCUUUUGGAGUGGAUUCUCCAAGCCUGCAUGCACCCUGCAUCGGUCUGUUCCCUGCGAGACCUUCAGGAGUGGUUCAUCGUAUGGAAGUGCUAUUUCGCGAACCUGCUCUCGUUCAACAACAAGGAGAAAGACGAGAAACUCCUCGACUGGGUUCGUUCUAGAGUGGAUAAAAUCGAGAUCGAGAAUUUCUCGUCCUCAUGGAGAAGUGGUGUUCUCCUGUGCGCACUCGUCGAUUCGAUCGUGCCCGGCUCGUGUCCCCGAUACGAUUUGCUGAACGAGGAGAAUCGGUUGGGUAACGCUCAGCUCGCGGUUCAGCUCCUGGAAAAGCUCAGCAUCAAAUCGUUCCUCACCGCUCAAGAGCUGGCCGAUGAUGAUGCCGACAUCGAGAAACCCCUCAAAGCUCUCUUGACUCAACUGAGAAUGACAGCUGCAAAGAGGAGACUCCGUCACGCAUUGAAAAGCCCCUCGGAUGACGCGAGUGCACCUCAAAACUCGGAAUUCUUCGCUAAAGGGAUGGGUCUGAUCUUCGCCGUCAAAGGACGGAAGGCGAGCUUCAACAUAUUCCGCAGAGGACAACGGGCAUUCUCGUUCGUUAUCGAGAUCCAAGGACCCGACGGCACUCUUGGUUCUGCCCUGAUAACACACAAAUCAGUCCGUAACCAGGCAUCCAACAGCAAACUGAAGCGUCAACUCAGUUCCGAAUCCAAGAAAAUCGCCAUCGACUAUUCAUUGACGGAUGAAAUGAUCUCCGUUUUCUAUACUCCUGUCACGAGCGGGAAACACACCCUGAACAUCGUCUCGCAAGGCCAACAUAUCCUCCGUAGUCCCUACGACGUAUCGGUCGACUGUAACACGACCGAAGUGACGGCCAGGGUCGUGGAGACACUUUUCCGUCCCAAGAAGAGCGCUCUCCAGAAAUUGGGGAGGCGUUUCAGCGGGACGAGUCUGUUGGCGUCUCGACUCCAGGAGACCGAGGUCGCAGUGCCCUUCCCAAAUGUGGAAGCCACGGGCAAAGUUGUCGCGCGCAGGGUCAUCAAAAGAACUAUCCUGAAUGGAGACAACAACAUCGUGGUUCCUGGGGACGACGAGCGCGCACUCGUCAAAGCACUGAAGGACAUCUCGAACCUCAAUCCCGAAAACCGCGAGAGACUCCGACAGGAACGCUCAUUCAUCUUGAGACCUGUGUCAGAACUCCGAAACCCCCAUGUCAACAAACUUCGAUUUCAAAUGGUCCGGACCGUUUCGGAAAUUUCUGAGAGGUCAUCCACCGACGAGGGAUCGCCGCUCCAAAGAGAGUCUUCGUUAGAGAUGUUCACAUCUUCCGGGGCCCGGAGCGAGCAGGACAAGAAUAUGCUCGAAGCGAAUCCCCCCGAGGCGACAGUAGAGAGCGUGACCCCGUUGAGGAACGUGCCUCCGAAACCGCGGAGACUGAGUCUCGAAACUGUCGCGGAGCAAGUCGACCACGACAAUCGUGUCCCUCCUCAGCCUCCAAUCGGGGGAAACCCUCGAACAGGGGAUGAGAACAACAAUCCGAAAUUCGAUCUAGUGCAUGAUCAUGAGUUUCUCAUCAGAAAAAGGAACGUUACCCUCAACAUAGUCAAUGAGAAUCCUUACGUACCAAAGACUAAUCAUAUGCUCCAAACCUACCGACAAUCCUCCCACGAUGCGUUGACGGAGAAAUCGGCCAACGAUCGGAGGCUCCUAUAUCAGAUGGAAGCAAAGAGUCAGCGGUUUCGGAGCAGCUGGGACUUCAUCCCGGAAAAGUGUCACGUGGACGUGGAGAAUGAUUCACGGAAAAAGCGGACGUUCUCGAGAGAAGGCCACUUCGGUUCGGGUGACGAAGGCGACGAUAGAAUGAGCGAGAUCGAUGGUGACGUCAAAGCUCUGCCGGUCGCAUCGGUGCUAGAGAAGUUCACGCGGUUUUCCCCGACCACUUCGCCCGAGUGCUCCACUUCGGGAUCCUCCAACGGGAGUGAGGCCUCAGGACCUCGAACGACUUUCGGUAUGGUGUCAGGAUCCUCCGGGAACGGCUUCCUGCACGGAUACUGAUUUCGAAAUCAAGCCAAACAAAGUCAUGAACCCUCGACCCUCUCGAGAGUUCACAUUGUUCUGCGCACCCAUCCUUCGUUUUGCUUCAGACACAUUCCGCAUUGCUCUUUUGAGUUCUAUUGUGUUCUAUUUAUUUCUGAGUUUCGUCGUGUCGGCCAGUCUCUAGUCAGGCGAGCACA